GUGGAAGUGACGCAGCGGUGGGCGCCAUGGCGGAGGCGGCGGGUGGGCCGCAGCCGGCUGACUGCCCAGGGAGCAGCAGCGCCGAGGCGGGCAGGGCCGCCGCGUGCCAGGGAUGCCCCAACCAGGGGCUCUGCGCUGCCGGCGCCGCCCCGGACGCGGCGGAGCUGUCGGAGCUGCGGUCGCGGCUGCGGGCGGUGAAGCACACGGUGCUGGUGCUCUCGGGGAAGGGCGGCGUGGGCAAGAGCACCUUCAGCGCCCUCCUGGCUCACGGGCUGGCGGCGGACGAGGCCAAGCAGGUGCGCGGGGCGGGCGGGCAGCACGGGGUAGGGCCGCGGCGGCCGCGCUCCGCUCGGACCCGCGGACUCGCUGUGGGUCUGCCGGAGCGUUCCAUGCGCGGCCGGGGCGGCUGCCAGUGGGGGCCUGGGCUGUGUUACAGGUUGCUCUGCUGGACAUCGAUAUCUGCGGGCCAUCCAUCCCUAAAAUGAUGGGUCUGGAAGGAGAACAGGUUCAUCAGAGCGGAUCUGGCUGGUCUCCAGUGUACGUUGAAGAAAACUUAGGUGUCAUGUCAGUGGGGUUCUUGCUCAGUAGUCCUGAUGAUGCUGUCAUUUGGAGAGGACCCAAAAAGAAUGGGUUGAUCAAACAAUUUCUUCGUGAUGUGGACUGGGGUGAAGUCGACUACCUGAUUGUAGAUACACCUCCAGGAACAUCAGAUGAACAUCUGUCUAUUGUGCAGUACCUCAGUGCAACGCACGUUGAUGGGGCUGUUAUAAUCACUACCCCUCAGGAAGUAGCGCUUCAGGAUGUUCGGAAGGAGAUCAACUUCUGCCAUAAAGUGAAACUGCCAAUCAUAGGUGUUGUGGAAAAUAUGAGUGGCUUUAUAUGUCCAAAGUGUAAGAAAGAGUCCCAGAUCUUUCCCCCGACUACUGGAGGUGCUGAGAAGAUGUGUCAGAAUUUAAAUGUUUCCCUCCUGGGUAAAGUGCCUCUAGAUCCUCAAAUAGGAAAAUGUUGUGACAAAGGCCAGUCUUUCUUGUCUGAAGCACCCGAGUCUCCAGCUACAUCAUCGUACAGGAACAUCAUUCAGAGAAUUCAGGAGUACUGUGAUCAACACCAUUUUCUAGAAGAAAAGAUUAUCUAAUCUGGGAAUGGAAUAAAAAUGUAGUUCAUGUUUAAUUAUAGACAAAUAACUUAUGCGUUGAUAUAAUAGAAGGAAUGUAUUCUUUUUGUAUAUUGCAAAUAAAUUCUUAAUAUAAA